GCACCUUAAACAUAAGCAAUAGCAACACUGCACCAGAGACUGAAUACAUGAAAUAUAUACUAUUGUGUUAAGUAUCUUAUUUAAGAAACGUAUCUUAAUUCUUAAGUAUCCAAUCUAUCUUACGAAGCAUGGUUUGGUGAAGUGAACUCAACAACUGAGUGUCUUGAUCGCGGCUCCUCUCAUCACAGAUCCCACUCUCAUUUAAAUAGCAUUUUGUCCUUUUUGGCUUUUUUUUUUUUUGAUAUUAAGAUAGAAUCAUCUCUAGCAAUAAACCUCUUUGUGUAGAACUAGGAGGUGCUUAUCUUCUUUGCUUUUCUUUUUUGUUGAAUUUAAUUCUGGGAAAAGUUUGCAUUUUUUGGCUCAAUGGGUUCGUAGAAUGGUUCUUUGAGCUUAAUCUGAGGUGGGGUUCGGGAACUCUUGCCGAUAUUCAGAGAAUUUUAUUUUUCAAGGUACACUUUUUCCUGUUGUAUUGUUGUACUUCAUUUUAUUGAGAUAAAGAUUGUGGUAGUUCCUUCUUAGUACAGGUGUUGUGAGAAUUGAUAGAAUCUCUUGUUAAGAUGAGAUUUUGAGUUUAGUUCUUAGUAUAUUCUGUUGUCUGCUGAUUAUUUGAAGAAGGAUUUUUGGUUUCGGUUGUUGGUGAAUUUAGUAUCUGGGUUUUGGAGAUAAUAGUCUGUGUUGGGUUUUUAACAAGGUUUUCAGACUAGAAUUGCGCAGCUGGUGAAUUUGUGUUUUGGAAACUGGAUUUGGAUAGAGUUGAAUAAGUAUGACGUAGUUUUGCCGAGGCUUUUUGUCUUCAAUAGGUAUAUGUGCUGAAUUGGAUGAAUUGAUUUUGAUGGGCAACUGGACACUGGCUAAGUUUUCACUUUGAUCAUAUAGUGAGGUGAAAAUUGGAGAUGGCUACACCUACUGUAAGCAAAACGAGAAGUAUGCUUGAGGGUUUAGUAAGAGAAGGAUCAUUUAAAUGGCUACUUGGCAAGAGAAGUUCUUUUAAUGAAGAACUCGAGGAGAUGGAAAGAUCUCCAUCAGCUGGCAGGAAUUGGAUAGCUGAGCUCUCCCCACUUGCUAAUCUGGUUGUUCGUCGAUGCUCAAAAAUCCUUGGCGUUUCUGCAAGUGAACUUCAAGAAAGCUUCAAUGCAGAGGCUUCUGAUUCAUUAAAACAUCAUUCCUGUUAUGCGAGGAACUUCUUGGAAUACUGUUGCUUCAGAGCACUGGCUUUAUCUACUCAAGUAACCGGUCAUCUAGCUGAUAAAAAGUUCCGGCGGUUAACAUAUGACAUGAUGCUAGCUUGGGAGACUCCAGCAGUUGCUAGCCAACCAUUGCUCAAUGUAGAUGAGGACUUCACUGUUGGUCUAGAGGCCUUCUCUCGAAUAGCUCCAGCAGUCCCAAUCAUUGCCAAUGUGAUUAUCAGUGAAAAUCUUUUUGAAGUGCUUACUGUGGGAACUGAUGGUCGGCUUCAACUCUCCAUCUAUGAAAAGUACCUUAGUGGACUAGAAAGGGCAAUAAAAAAGAUGAAGACCCAAUCAGAUUCAUCACUCCUUUCUACAGUGCGAUUGUCAAGAAGGGAGAAGAUUCUGGAAGUAGAUGGAACAGUGACGACCCAACCAGUUCUUGAACAUGUUGGAAUAUCGACAUGGCCAGGUCGGGUAACUCUCACAGAUCACGCGCUGUACUAUGAAGCUCUCCGUGUUGUAUCCUAUGACAAGCCGAAAACAUAUGAUUUGGCAGAUGACCUAAAACAGAUUGUUAAUCCUGAGUUGACUGGACCAUGGGGUACUCGGCUUUUUGACAAGGCAGUCUUGUAUAAAUCUAUUUCCUUAUCAGAGCCAGCCGUGAUAGAGUUUCCAGAGCUUAAAGGCCAUACUCGUCGUGAUUACUGGUUGGCAGUUAUCCGGGAAAUUUUAUUUGUUCACAGAUUUAUAAAAAAGUUCAAGAUCUCUGGAGUUGAAAGGGAUGAAGCACUUUCAUUAGCUGUACUUGGAAUUCUGCGACUUCAAGCAAUUCAAGAAAUUAUUUCUGUAAAUUCUGUUCACUGUGAAACGCUUCUCAUGUUUAAUCUUUGUGAUCAACUUCCUGGUGGCGAUUUGAUACUGGAAACCCUGGCAAACAUAUCAUCCUUAAGAAAAUUAGAUCGAACUAACAGUGACAAGACUGGAGGGGGGAUGCAUUCAAUCUCUGCAAGGGCCAUGGUUUCCAAUUUAGGGUUCAUGCUAGGAACAAGUUCAACUGAUCUGAAUGAGGCUGGGCUUGUUGUUGGUGAGACAUCUGUGGGAGAGAUGAGUUCAUUGGAGAAGGUGGUUAAGGAAUCGCAAAGCAGCUUCAAAAAAGCAGUGCUGGCACAAGAAACAGUUGAUGGAGUAAAAGUAGAUGGCAUUGACACCAAUUUGGCAGUGAUGAAGGAGUUACUUCUCCCUGUUAUGGAAGUUGGGAGGUGGCUUAUUUCCUUGAUACACUGGGAUGACCCCAUUAAGUCUUUGGUGUUCUGUUUGGUUCUUACUUAUGUCAUUUGGAGGUUGCAUGUAGCUGUUAUGAAGGGUGCAUUUGAGAUAUUAAUUUCUCAGGAAAAGCUCUCUUUAGAUGAUCAAAGGUAUCAGUGCAAGAUGCUGUAUGUGGUUGAAUUCCUUGCAGGAUUACCUAGAAUCAAGGGAUGGCUGGGCUAUACGUUUGGAUUGAUGAUCAUCUUUCUUGCUAUCUUUAUGGUGCUCACACGAUUUUGUAACCAAGGAAGGCCUGUUGAUGAGAUCAAGGUAACAGCACCUCCACCAAUGAACACUGUGGAGCAGCUUUUAGCUGUCCAGGAUGCUAUUUCUCAAGCUGAACAGUUCAUUCAAGAUGGAAACAUCGUCCUCCUCAAGUUUCGUGGCCUGCUGUUGUCCAUUUUCCCACAGGCAAGCGAGAAGUUUGCGUUCACUCUCCUGGGCGUUGCUUUGAUCCUGGCUUUCAUGCCUAGCAAGUACAUUAUUCUGUUGACCUUCUUAGAGACAUUUACAAGAUAUUCUCCUCCAAGGACAGCAAGCACAGAAAGAUGGGCAAGGAGACUAAGAGAGUGGUGGUUCAGCAUACCGGCGGCUCCUGUAGUUCUUGAAAGAGAAAAGGAGGACAAGAAGAAGAAGUAAAUGUGUCGUCUUUAUACAUGUACCAGUAUAUAUAUGUACAUAUACAGUUAUGUUUCUACAGAACCAUCUGUACGAGUGUAAAUCUCAACCAAGGAAGAGCAAUCGUAAUCAGGAAAAAAAAAGAAAUUUCUCUUCCGUGAAA